GCUGAGGCGCCAGGGGAGGGGCUCGGGCCGCCGCCGCCGCCGCGGAGAGAGGAGCAUGUCCGCAACUCGAGCCAAGAAAGUGAAGAUGGCCACCAAAUCCUGCCCCGAGUGCGACCAACAGGUUCCUGUUGCAUGUAAAUCAUGUCCCUGUGGUUACAUAUUUAUUAGCAGAAAACUCUUAAAUGCAAAACACCCAGAGAAAUCACCACCUUCUACAGAAAACAAGCAUGAGGCCAAGAGGAGGCGAACAGAGAGAGUUAGGCGAGAGAAGAUAAAUUCUACAGUAAAUAAAGAUUUAGAAAACAGAAAGAGGUCUCGAAGUAACAGCCAUUCAGAUCAUAUCAGACGAGGAAGAGGAAGACCUAAAAGUGCAUCUGCCAAAAAACAUGAGGAAGAAAGAGAAAAACAGGAAAAGGAAAUUGACAUCUAUGCUAACCUCUCUGAUGAAAAGGCUUUCGUGUUUUCAGUCGCCUUGGCAGAAAUAAAUAGAAAAAUUAUCAAUCAAAGACUUAUUCUCUGAUACUUGUCUACAAAAUGUGUUGACACUUUCUUCAGGAUUACAUCAGCAAAUUUUCAAAUAGUUAUGGACUCUCAGGAGCAUUCUGACCACAUCAAUAAGGGCCAUUGAUUUUUUUCCCUGUCAUUUAGCCUCUGCCACACUUUGGGAGCAAAGGUGUAGGCUUGAACUGUUAUGAGAUUUCCUUGUUUACUAAGGAAUAUUGUCAGUGUUUUGUGUUUGGGACAUAAGUAAGUGUAUUUACCCAAAAAAACAACAAAAAAAGUGCUGUGCUGGAUGACUGUUAAAGAAUAAAGGGGGAAGGAUGGUAGUGGAAGUAUGAAAACUAGGGAAAUAAAAUGCUUGAUAAUUUUCAGGUUUGCCACCAGAGAUGCAAUAUUUUAAAUACUUUCAGAAAGAGUGACUUUUAAAAAUAUAUAUUUCAGAUUUUCAGUACUAACAGAUUGCUUAUAUACAGUUCAUUUACUUUUAGUAAAUUGGCAAUUGAUAUUUUAUUGAAUGGGGAAUUAAGAAUAUAAACUGUAAAUUUUGUCUUGAUUUUUUUCUUGGCCUUUAUUUUUAUGACUUAAGGUUUGAGUUAUAUUUUGGGAAAUACUUUUUAGAUAGUUUGGAAGUCUGGGUGCUAUAUGAAGAAAAACAUUUAAGGAUAUAUCAUACUUCAGAUAUAAACACCUUGUUUUCUUGAAUGUAAUUUAUUUAUUGGUUUAAAAAAACUUUUCUGCUCUCAAGAUGGUGCCUGUUAACCUAAACAUAAAAUAUAUUUAUUACAUGCAAAAUAUUUCUUAGCCUCUUUUAAGCAGUAAUGUUUAUCUGAAUGGAUGUUCAUUUAUGCAUCCUGAUAAUUAUUUAAAUUGUUACUUAACCUGACUCUGGAAUAAAAAAAUAAACCUUAAUAUUGAAAC